AUGGGUAGCUACACAUUUCAAUGGCUUUCUCCCGCGAACGAGGUGUUCGUUACUGGCACAUUCGAUGAUUGGGGUAAGACCGUGAAACUGGACCGGGUAGGCGACGUAUUCGCAAAGGAAGUCUCUCUUCCGAUCGGGGAGAGUGUCCAGUAUAAGUUUGUUGUUGACGGAAUUUGGACUACCGACAAACGUUUACGCGAAGUGAACGACGGUGCAGAUAAUCUUAACAACGUGCUAUUACCGGAAGAGAUCCAAACCCAAACCAAGACCCCGACCCAGACCGAACCUCAAACCCUUGACCAGAACCAAAACACCCCAACCACUGCCACUGCAGCUAUGUCUGGCGUGACCCCUGACUCCACUACCGCCAUGCUGGCAGCCAAUGUCCCUAAGGAGGAGCAGAAUGGACACCUCCCAGGCGCCUUCCCUGACACCCCGGGACAAGAGUCCGAUCAAGUUUUCUCUGUGAAUCCAAUCCCAGCCUCGGGUGGAUACGGGAACCCGGUCAAAUUGAACCCUGGCGAGAAGGUCCCCGAACCCAGCACGAUCCAUGGCAACACCGUUGACUCAACCGUGAAACUGGACAAGGAGUCCUAUGAAAAGAGUGACAGUGUGCCCCUCGGCAGUGCUGGAACUCAGAUUGACACGGCUGGUCCAAGUGCUUUCAACCUACCCCCAGUUUCCAAGAACAUCAUCCCUGAAUCCAGCCUGCCCAUGGGCGGGCCUGCUCAGCGUGCUGCAUCUACUGAACAAGAACAACUGCAAGCCGGAGGCCCCGCGCAACAAGCCGCUAUGGCUGACCCAGGCUACACUAUUCAAUCUGCGCACCCCUCCUCCACCACCGCUGCCUUGGCCGCCCAAGUUCCCUUGGAGAAGGAGAAGCAGACUGACCCCGCCAUUCAAUCCGCCCACCCCACUUCCACUACCGCUGCCUUAGCCGCAGAUGUUCCCUUGGAGAAGGAGAAGCAGACAAACGGCACCGCCCCGGUGAACGCCGUCCCCGAAGUGGUGAAGGAGUCUAUGAGUGAGGCGCACCGGGAUCCUGAGGCGGCAGCCAACAAGGAAGCCGUUGAAGAGAAGAAGGAGGUCGAACAAGAGCUUACCAAGAAGGUCGACUUGGAGGAGUCUGCUGGCACUCCUGCCCCCACCGAGACUGCUGCCACCACUGCCAAGGCCCCUGCCGCCACCAGUGCCGGUCUCACUGCUUCUCAUCUGACUGGCAGUGGAUUUGACUCCGCCGAUGUGUCCCCAACCUCGAGCCCACCCCCAGGCCACGCUGCACCUACUUCAGCCCCUCCUACCUCCGCGCCUGAGACCAAAGCUCAGACUCAACCUACUACGACCACCGGUGUGGAAACUACCCCGACCGCCCAAACCAGUACUCCUGCCAAGCAAACUGCUCCCGCUGCUGGUUCUCAGAGUAGCCACAAGGACGAGAAGAAGAAGCACCGCCUGAGCGGGUUCUUCAACAAACUCAAGGAGAAGCUGAAGUAA